GGCCUCCCGCGCGCGCCGGGCCCGGUGGCUCCGCCCAGCGACGGGGCGGUCGCGGCUCUUCCGGCACUGAGCGGGUUGUGCAGGCGGCGGCCGCGGGGAACGUCAGGACAAUGUCGGGGGACCUGCCACUUAGCAUCAACAUCCAGGAGCCGCAAUGGGACCAGAGCACUUUCAUCGGGAGAGCCAACCACUUCUUCACCGUGACCGACCCCAGGAACAUCCUGCUGACCAAUGAGCAGCUGGAGCACGCCCGGCAGAUUGUGCAUAAUUACAGACAAGGAGUCGUGCCUCCCGGCCUGACGGAAAAUGAACUCUGGCGCGCCAAAUACGUCUACGAUUCCGCUUUCCAUCCCGACACCGGCGAAAAGAUGAUUCUGAUCGGCAGGAUGUCGGCGCAGGUGCCCAUGAACAUGACCAUCACCGGCUGCAUGAUGACGUUUUACAGGACCACCCCCGCGGUGCUCUUCUGGCAGUGGGUGAACCAGUCCUUCAACGCCGUGGUCAAUUACACCAACAGAAGCGGAGAUGCCCCCCUGAGUGUGAACGAACUGGGCACGGCUUAUGUUUCUGCUACCACGGGUGCAGUGACAACGGCGUUAGGACUCAACGCACUGGCCAAGCGAGUCUCGCCCCUCAUAGGACGCUUCGUUCCCUUUGCCGCUGUGGCCGCUGCGAACUGCAUUAACAUCCCGCUAAUGAGGCAGAGGGAAAUCAAAGUUGGCAUCCCAGUCACCGAUGAGAAUGGGGAGCGCCUGGGCGAGUCGGCCAACGCCGCCCGAUCCGCCAUCGGCCAGGUUGUGGUUUCUCGGAUCCUCAUGGCAGCCCCGGGCAUGGCCAUUCCCCCGUUUAUCAUGAACACGUUGGAAAAGAAGGCCUUUUUAAAGAGAUUUCCGUGGAUGAGUGCUCCCAUUCAAGUUGGAUUAGUGGGCUUCUGCCUGGUAUUCGCCACGCCACUGUGCUGUGCGCUGUUUCCUCAGAAAAGCUCCAUGUUGGUCUCAAGCCUGGAGCCCGAGCUGCAAGCCAAGAUCCAGGAGAGCCGCCCGGAGGUACAGCGCGUGUACUUCAACAAGGGAUUGUAACAGAGGGAGAAGGAGAGGGAGAGAGAGAACUUCCAGUCCAGCUGUCCUGCCAAUCAUGGACCUCGUGAGCAAGACCCACCGGGUCCUGGGACCUUCCAGAGAGCCGCGUCUGGUAUUAGCCUUUGCCCUUCAAGCUCCUCCCUGCGCUGUGCCGCUGUCUGCCUCUCUCUUCUCUGUCACCUGGUCACCUGAUCACCGACGCACAUCCCCUCCCUGGAGCUGGUGGGCAGAUUGGUCUCCCAAGACAAUCCAAGGCAUAAGCACAUUGCACAUCCCGGGGGCCUUGCCGCAAAGUCCAGUAAAUAAACACUCACCCUCAGGAUGGAUGAUUUGCCCGUGAAGAAGAUCGGGUCAGGAUACUGAUUUUCCCUUUUUUCCCCUUUUCCUUUUUUUUUCCCCCUCUCCCUAUCUUGUUUCAAAUCGAGGCAAUCACUGAAGUGAGUUGGGCAAAUUGAGCCUGAGUCGAGACUGUUAAAAAAAAAAGUAUAAAAUUAAAAUUAUUAAAGAGAUCUAAAUACAAACAUAUAUGCCCUUAAGGGCAGCGCACUUUCCCCUUUGGGUCAUGGGGAAGGAGCUGCAAAGAAAUGACGGGGUUUUGAAUUUGGAAGAGUUAAAAUUCCCCCUCCCCCAGGGACUGGAGUGAUAGCACAGUAGGUAGGGCGCUUGCCUUGCACGCGGCAGACCAGGGUUUGAUUCCCAGCAUCCCAUAGGGUCCCCCGAGUACUGCCAGGAGUAAUUCCUGAGUGCAUGAGCCAGGAAUAACCCCUAAAAAUAACUCCCCCAAAAGGACUGGGGCGAUAAUACAGGGGGCAUUAGCCUAGCACUGCAGCUGACCUGAGUUCG